GGCGCUUUCUCCACUCAGUUGCGCACAGGCGUCCGUCGUGAAACGUCCAUCCAAAAACAAAGUCCGUGAACUUUGUUGCAGUAACCUUGACCCCUCGACCAUAACAUUAAAAACGAUGAUUUACAGAUGAUAUAUCGAGCUUGAAAGAUGCUCCCAAAAUAUAGGCUGUAUUCUGUUCUGAAGUGCUUCAGAAAGGAGGGUUCUUCCAAAGAUUUUUCUAUAUCUGAUUUAGACGUAUCAAACAAGACUUCGGAAAUGGACGAUUCCUCUAUUUCCACAAAGGGAAAUACGCGAAGAAAACGGAUUAACAUAUCCCUGGAAAAGUCGAGAUUUUGGGAUAUGUGUUGCUAUUCGAGAAAGAAGUCGAAAAUGGCCAAAAUGGAAAGAACUGUGAAAGCGACGUUACUGAUACAGAAAUGGUUCAGGAGGUACAUGGCGCGAUUAGAAUUACGCCGAAGAUACACCUGGAAUAUUUUCCAAAGCCUCGAGUAUGCUGGCGAACACGACCAAGUGAAGUUGUACAAUUUUUUCAAUGCACUCCUAAGUCACAUUCCUGUAAAUAGAGAAGAAAGUACAAGCAAUAUAGGAAAUACCGCAUCAACUGAUGAGUAUUUCACUGUGGUUAUUCAAGAUGAUUCCGACGAGGAAGAUAUGUUGGAUGGGGAAAAACUGUUCAGGAUAUCUUUUCCUUUGACAGAGGAUAUUGUCCGUUCCCUCAUCGAAACCUAUAAGACAAAAAGGCAUUUCAGGCUUCCUGCAAAAGAUCUCGGAGAAAUAUUGAAGCGAGCAAUAAUAGGAUUGAGAAAAUUGCAUAAUUUCAAUCCGGCAUGUACAGCGCUGGCAAAACAGAUUACUGUUUGUGGAGAUUUACAUGGGAAGUUCGAUGAUCUUUUGACUAUUUUCCAUAAAAAUGGCUUUCCUUCACACGAGAACCCGUAUAUAUUCAAUGGAGACUUCGUGGACCGAGGACGCAGAAGUAUCGAAGUGCUGAUAGCACUUUUGUGUUUAUUUCUGCUCUAUCCGGAGGCGAUCUUCCUGAACAGGGGCAAUCACGAAGAUUCGAUUAUGAAUUCCAGGUACGGCUUCAUCAGGGAGGUCCAACAGAAGUAUCCAAGAACGAGUGCGCAUAUUCUGAAACUAAUUGAGGGGGUUUACAGAUGGCUUCCUUUAGGCACCCUCAUCAACAACAAAGUGUUGGUGGUGCACGGAGGAAUUUCAGAUUCUACAGACCUAGAAGUUGUCAAAGAACUAGAUCGCAGUAAGUACGUCUCCUUGCUUCGACCUCCUCUAUCUCACGGUAUCAAAGGCUCUGACAGCGUGGACAAAGCGGAGUGGAAACAGGUGUUCGACUUGCUGUGGUCCGACCCCAUGACAGGAAAUGGCUGUGUACCCAACACCCUACGCGGUGCUGGCACUUACUUUGGACCUAACGUUACGGAAACAUUCCUCAAGAAAUACAAUCUGCUAUACCUGAUUCGGUCGCAUGAGUGUAAACUCAAUGGCUACGAACUGUGUCACAAUGAUAAGGUGAUAACCAUUUUCUCGGCAUCCAAUUAUUACGAGAUAGGAUCCAAUAAAGGAGCUUACCUGAAUUUAUUAGGGGACGAUCUGACACAACACUUCGUGCAAUUCAGCUCGGUGAUAGGCAAGGCUAAACACUUGAACUGCUUCCAGAAGAUGAGCAUCAUAGAAUCUUCGGUCGUGAGAGAGAUCCAAGGUCAGAUUUUGAGGAAUCAGGCCAAAUUGGAGGCCGCUUUCCGUUCUCUGGAUCCGGAAGAUACUGGAUUAAUUUCUAUCGGAGAUUGGUGCAAAGCUAUGGAAACAGCUACAGGACUUGAGUUACCCUGGAGAAUGUUGAGAACCAAAUUGGUGACGAUUGAUACAGACUCUCAGAUGGUUUCUUAUAGGACAACGUUUGAUAAUAUAGGAAAAGCAAAUACAAAUUCUGUCCAAGGAGUCCAAGGUUACUCCACCGUGGUUGAAACUUUAUACAAAAACCGACAAAACCUAGAAGCAAUAUUUAGGAUAAUAGACAAGGACAAUUCUGGUUACAUAAACCGAGAAGAAUUCCACGAAGCCUGUGAUCUGAUAAAAGAAUACCUACCCACUUCCAACAGCAUGGAACAACUAGACGACAUCUGUCAACUCAUGGAUCUGAACAAAGACGGACUCGUAGACCUUAACGAAUUUUUGGAAUCUUUCAGAAUGGUCGACAAAGAUCGCACCAAAAGCGACGACUUAACAGAAGAAAAAGAAACCCUACCAGAGGUUAAAGUGACGGAUAUCGGAAAAACCACAGAAGAAUCGACCACAGAGGUGCACGUUGAAGAAAGUACGAAGAAAGAAACACCCGAAUCCGGUUCUCCAAGUUCCUUACCACUCUUUACAGUUUCUCCAUUGAGUUCAGCUUCUUUAGAGGUGUGUUUAUCGAAAGAACUGCCUCCAGUUAAAGUCAACAUCUUGAACGAUUCAAGCAGGCAGGGGAAGGAACACAUACCUUUCAGUCAGAGCGAUUCCAUACAGUCCCUAACCUACAUAGAACUCGUCGAGAAGGGUGAUCAAAUGCAAAAGUCGAACUCUUCGAAAGAACUCGUCGAAAGGAGUUCGGAAAUUGAACAGAAUGGAGAAAAGUCGUCUCAGAUAUUGUCUCCUGUUUUGAGUACAAGAAGAGGAAGUCAGAUAUAGGUUGAAACGAGUUGUGCGAACUUUCACUAAGAUUCGGCUUGUAAAACGUGGUUUAACAGGUGAAAAACAACAAGUGAAAGGUUUUCCAAUUGGAAGUUUCAUUUUUAUUUAUGGGAAACACGGUUUUUUGGAACGAAGUUUCUCAACGCAACUUGUGAAAUGAGUAAACCGGCAUAAAUCGUCACGUAAGGAAAAAACGUUAUGUUCCCUCAAGGCAACUGCUCUUUUUGUGUAUUUCUAUUAUACACAGUAUACCCAAGUAUACAGUCCCAAGUUCGAGUGUCUUUCAGACGUUUUUGGAGAACUGGUCCUAUUUGGACUUUUUAGAUUUUUUUUACAUUUUCCUUAUCUGAUAUGAUUUGAUAUUGAAUUCUGACUCUUUGUCUCAACUAUCACAUUAUUCCAAACAGUUUUCAAAAUAUCACCCAAUAAAAACCGAGAAACAUAGCUAGUGAAAACAUCUUCACAUUUUCGAUGAGGAAGAAUGUGGAAAUGUCUGUGACUUUCCAAUUCAAGAAAUAUGUGAUUCAAAUAUUGAGCGAAAAACCAUAAAUCAUAACUUUGUUUUUGAAAUAAUGACCCUAUUUUUAUGAUUGCGUUAAAUUCUGCGUGGAAAAAUCAUUAAAGUGUUUCGAAAUUAUCAUGCUCCUAAAUUCAAUAGUUUCUACAUUAUUUGAGAUUUUUUUUUAUUCAUGUUGUACGAAUAUGUAUAGUCAAAUUCGUCUACCUAAUCUAUUUUAUAAGAAUAUUUUGUGACCAUAGAAUCAAUGAAAACGAUAGUCGAAGAUGAAAAAAAGAAAUUCAAGUGUAUGACCCAUUUAAAAACCAAUGAAAAAAAUGCUCACUACGUACUUGACCUACAACAUAAAUAAAAAAAAACAAGGGAUUGUUGGAUUUGAAAACAAAAUCAUUUAUUAUAAUUAUUUUUCGUCGCACAGUCCAAAGUAGGUAAUAAUUGAAAAUAGGGUUCUAAUUUUGAAAACGAACUUGAGUGUCCCUAUAUAUGUAUACAGUUUUUAAUUGUCUUCAUAAAAAAAAAUGAUACUGCUUAUUAGCAGUCAUGUAAUAUUUUACAAGACUAUUUAAAAUGAGACAUCUUACUGGAAAACCUUUUUUUAUGUCUUUUAUCACUUUGGUUUCAAACUGGCCGAUCAACAUUACCAAAUAGAGUAAUAAGUUCUGAAGUUCCCUAAAAAUACUUCAAUAAUUUUUCUGAAUGUUGAUGAACUUGCAAAAUGAGUACCUGUUUCUCUCUAAGAAAGCCUGUAAGAUCUACUACACUCAGCAUGUUAUGGUUGAGAAUAAAAUGAGUCUUCGAUGCAUCUAUGGCUGAAAUUCCAUUGGUGCUUUUUUACCAGUUUUCCCUUUUCUUCUUCCAAUUUUCCUCAAGGGUGUGUCUUCCAAAGACCUUCGUUUUUUUAAGGUAGUUAAAUUUCCCUCAUCUGAAUGUAUAGACCUGUUGCCUAUUUUGUUAUUUGUUGCCUUUAGUCUUCCUUUCUUAUAAUUAUGAUAAAGCACUUUUUGAAGCCCUCUUAUUAUUUUUUAUUAUCCGAGGCAAUAAGGUAGUGAGUGUAGAGAUCUUGAUACGUUUGGAGCCUCCUCUAAAUUGAAGUAUUCACGAGAACUCUCCACGGAGUACUUUGGGUAAUUGAAUACAGGGUGUGCCAGAAAAGGUGCAACAAACUGAUAGGAUAGAAAGUACUAAUGAAAGUAAUGACAAAUUUCCUGCAAACAUGGGUCUCAACUAUUUUAUUUUCAUUAGUAGCAUAUCAGUUUGUUAUACCAUUGUAUAAGGAAAGGAUUCCUUAAACUAUGGUUAUACCUACUCUGGGACAUCCUGUAAAAUUUACUGGAGUACUGAACAAGUAUAUUAAAAUUUUUGAUAAUAUGAAAUGAUCACCUCCAGUUGUAGUUUGCUUGAUGAACCACGUGAAAGAGUUUGAACCAGAAAAGAUGUGAAAAUAUGUAAAAUGAAAUCCAAAUAAUACUCAUGGAACAGCAAUCUAACCAUAAUCAAAUAUUUCGGGUUGGACCCAUGAAUUCGUCUAAUUUAUCAAACUAUCAAACCGAGAUUCGACCAAAAAAUGAAGCAUCAACAUUAUUCUUUUAUAUAAUUUAUACUAUACCUAUGAAUGAACUUCCAUCCCUUAGAUUUGUACAAAUAAAUAUAAAUUUUCGAGAAUGGUUAUCUCGAAAAAAAAUUAUAAUUGGUAAGGAUUAAUAUACCUGAUUACCAUUGGACCAACACGAAUCAAUGUAACUGAAAUCAUAUGGAAUUAUUGAUAUAGUAGAUUAUGCUUUCGUGUAUUCUUCAACGAUACGAAAUUAAAGAAGAGUAUCACAGAAAUAUUCUAAAUAUUUAUCAGAUAAACCUCUACUUACUGUUUGUAAAUUUAAUAUUCAUUCGAAUUGAGAGCAUAUCUAAGGUUACAUAAAUAAUAAAAAAUGUUACCAUUGAA